CAUCAAGAAAAUAUGAUCCAAGCGAGUUAGUAAUAUGGUCUAAGUUAAGUGGUCAGAAUAUAAGAUGCCUUGACCUCUUUGGUGCAGUCCAAGAUGACCAGUUUGUCACAAUAUUUAUGGAAUAUAUGGAAGAGGGAUCUCUGGCCAACUUGCUUCAACAUCAAGAGAGUGGGCAUCUGGAUGAGAGGUGUUGCAUCUACAUUUUACAAGRAGUCAUGGAAGCAGUCAAGUUUCUUCACUCCUUGUCUGUUAUACACUGUGACAUUAAAGGGGAAAAUGUGUUUACUAACAYYACUUUMACCCRAAUAAAACUGGGAGAUUAUGGUUCUGCUAUUCAACUUCCUUUGGGCCUGGAAUGUAUCAGGUUACAAAAGACAAUUAAUGGUACAGAGCCUUUCAUGUCUCCCGAGGCCUGUCGGGGUGAAGAAAUAAGCUUCAGUAUUGAUAUUUGGAGCUGUGCUUGUCUAGCUAUUCAGAUACUGACUGGGAAGCCUCUUUUUCAUGRCUUUACUGGAUCUGUCCUUUAUAAGGUUGCUACUCUAGAGCAGCCCCCACCACUACCACGAUGCAGUGAUGGCAUGAGAGCUAUGUUGACAGAUAUGUUUGCACUGAAUCCAUCUGAAAGACCUUCUGCAAAAGAACUAUUGAACUAUCCAAUAUUGAGUGAGGAAAAUUGUCAGCUUCCUAUUCAAAUGCCUAAUGAAUCCAUAGAGCAUGACAAUAUGGCCGAACAUGGUGAACAACUAUCUGUGCAUGUCAAUGGGGAACUCCAACCAGCGAAUUGCUCCCAACUUCAAUUGCACAGUGAUGUACCUGAUGAUUCCAUAAACAAAGAACAUGUUCCAUUAAAUGUUCAUGAUGUAAACAAUAUGGCUGAGCACAGUGAACAACUACUACCAGAACAUGAGGAACUUCAUCAACUCCAGUCAGAGUUGAUUCUGAGUCUGUCUCUUGAUGGAGCUAAUGUAACUGACUAUCUCAGAAUGGGGAGUCAGACUGAUGGGCCUGCUGUCAAUGAUGAAGGAGAUGCUUCUGAUGAAGACAGUGAUCCAUSUUACAAUGAUUAUGUUCCUAUGAAUGACGKGGCAUCAAGCUUUGCAGUUGGUACAUACUCCAUUAAAGAUCUAACCAAAGUGGUYUUCUACAAUGAUAAAAAUGAACUACUGUUUGAAGUGAGAGAGAAGGCUUCUUGUACUGUUGGUCGUCUGGCUGCAAAGCUUCAUGGCCAGAUCAAAGAAAAAGACGUCAAUCUUGAUUGCUUUGCUGUCCAGUCGUCUGCUAAUACUGUGCUUGACGCUGAUCAGAUUAUUGGUCAUACCAGGCUCUCUCUUUUCCUUCAACGAGCUAGCGAAGAAGACUGGUACACAAAGUGGAAAUGGAGAGUAGAUUUACAUGGAAAUAUUCAGCGAAAUGACAGAGUUAUGGCUUAAGGAAAAAGGCAGGACUUGAAAUAUUUUUUGGACUAACACCGGAAAUUCUGUCAAAUUUUGCUUCGACAAUCCAAAAAUACACCCUAACAACACAUGUAGAGAAAACAGCAUGUUGUCAAGCAAUAAAAUGUCACUCUUUUUUUAGCGUCUAGGAAAAAGUAUGAUAAACCUUUUAUACCAGAGAAUUUCUGCGUCGUCCAGUCCUUAUUUCAAUCCCUGCUGAACUCGGGUUUGACUUAAAACAAUAUCACUCGCUUAGCUCUUCGGUCCUGGAUAGUCUAAGAGGGCCUAAGCUGAAACUAGGCAAUCUGUUUGUAACGUAAACUGUAAACAUUAAUUUGUAACAAAUUGUCAAAUCCACGACAUUCKUGAAAUCGAGUGAUUUUUAUCGGAAAUUGAAUUAACUAAGUUAAUGUUCAUGCAUGCAAUCCGUGAAAUAAUAGUACGAAGUGCUACUUGAUUACUGCAGCGGGGAAUUUAGAGAUAAUGCGAUAGGGUCGUCCGGUUUCUUUUUAAUCUUUUAACAUAUGGAUUGAAGUUUUGUAAAUUGUAUUCAAACAACAGUAGCUAGUAAAUACAAGGAAGUGGAAAAUUUGAACCCCGUUUUCGGGUAGAAUCCUGGAUCCGCCACUGCAGUUAUCAGAACACAUUGCAAAAUAAUCACAGCUAAUGCCACAAAUUCCUGAAACAAAGUGUAAUGCAACGUGAAAAAAAAGGAAAUUCAAGUAGUGCGCUUACUAACAAGAAUCGUUUUCCGUGCAUAUAUAGACGGGAUAUUACACGGUGCCGCAAAGAUAUGAAUAAUAUUUUUGAAUGGGGAAACAAUAUUUUACGAGUGAUUGCAGCGAACGAGUAAAAUGUUGUUUAUAAGACGAGAAAAUAAAAUUCAUAUCUUCAAGUCAACGUGUAAUAUUCUUAUUAUUAUUUGGACAAACUAAAGCGACAAGUAGAAACUAUGAGCGGGACAUUUUGGUACAUAACUUUUUCAUAUCUUCACUAGUAAGUGAAAAUAUAGAAAGAACUAGGGUUUUAGUUUUCGGUAAAACACUACUAAAAUAGCCAUAUAAUAAAUGGUGCAGUAUUAUAUCUUGUCUUUGAUAUACAUUAGAGUAGACGCAAUUACUGUAGAGUAGUUUUCAUUAAUUCUUGAAACAAAGUGUAAUAGUCAAAAUGUGUAAUGAAAUAUGUUUCAUGUCGCAAUUCACUAAUAUACUUUACUUUAACACUU